GGAAGGAGAGAUAGAGAGGUAGUUUAUUUGUCAGGAGAUUUGAUCGGAACAUGAUGUUGAGAUUAAGUCUCCUGCUUCUCCUGUUCUCCUGCCCGGCCCGCUCGGAGCUGCUGGGAUGGGUGGAGUCUCCGGGGUAUCCCAGUGGAUACUUGCCCCAUGCCAGUCUGAACUGGAGCAGGUGUGCCCCCAAAGGUCACACCCUCUCCAUCAAGCUCAUCCACCUGGACCUGGAGGACAGCCAAGACUGUCACAACGAUGCAGUAAAGGUCUUUUCCAAUGGAAGCCUGAUCUCCGUUCUGUGUGGCAAAAGGGAAUUUGAGGAGCUUCAGACCACCGUCAAUCCCUCGCUCGUCUCCUUGUCGGGCGGCUGCCUCUCUCUCACGUUCCACUCCGACUUCUCAAACACCAAGAGGCACACCGGCUUCAGAGGCUUUUAUACCGAUCAAGACUUUGACGAAUGCCGCGACGAUCCUGACAACGGAUGCACCCAGUUCUGUCACAACUACGUCGGAGGGUACUACUGCUCCUGCCGCCAUGGCUACUACCUGGACGCGGACAAACACACUUGCACAGUGAGCUGUACGGAGGAUCUGUCAGAGCUGACUGAAGGUGACGUAUCCAGUCCAUCCUGGCCGGCUUCAUACGCAGAAAAUGCCAACUGUCAGUACAUCCUGUCUGUGAGUGCCACCCUGCAGCUGGAGCUGCACUUCUCUGAUGACUUCGAUGUGGAGCAAAGCCCUGAUGGAGAAUGCAUUGACGCACUGCGGAUUGAGACUUCCUCUGGGACUCUGGGGCCAUUCUGCGGCAAAAAACCUCCCCCAUCUCCCUUUCUGACUCACUCCAACAACGUCCAAAUCCGCUUCAGCUCUGACAGCUUCGGCGAUAACAAAGGCUUCUCUCUCCACUUCAGGACCAGAGACAAGGUGUGUCCAGCAAUGGUGACCCCCCACUCCACUACGGCUCCUCAGGAAGAAGAAUACCGUCGGGGUGAUACAGUGACAGUAACUUGCGAUCUUGGCUAUGUUGCAAAUGCUGAAGGCACCCAGACCCUGUCGUCAAAGUAUGAAACAACAUGCCAGAAUACAGGCGUAUGGACCCCCAGUUACAUCUGUGAACCUGUGGAUUGUGGGAUUCCUAAAAUCCCAUUAGGGGGCAUCCUGCAGAUGGUGGGCUCAGCUAACCUACAGACUCAUUACGAAGGCCAGGUCCAGUUUAGCUGCAGCUCAAAGUACUACACACUGGAAGGAGAUGACACGUACACUUGCGGUGCCAGUGGUAAAUGGACAUCAGGUGAUGGCAACACAGAGAUGCCGAAAUGCAUCGAAGUGUGUGGGAAACCUGAAAAAAGCCCUGCAAGUGCAGGCAGAAUUAUGGGAGGUAAGGCAGCAAAGCUGGGAGAGAUACCGUGGAAUCUUCUAAUCAAACACCCAAGAGCUGGAGCGUCACUGAUCAGCGACCGCUGGGCUGUCACAGCAGCUCAUGUGGUGGAAGGGACAGAGGACACCACUCUGCGUCUGUAUGGUGGACUGGUAGAUGGACGAACAUCAGACACGGCACCUCAUGUCGUGAUCAUGGACAGUGAGAGGAUCAUAAUUCAUCCCGGCUACGACAAGAGCAUUUCUUCUGAGGAACGCAUUAAUUUCGACAAUGACAUUGCUCUCAUCAGAUUAGCGUCCAGGGUGAAUUUAGGCCCAAACCUCCUUCCCAUUUGUCUGCCAGAGGUUAACAGGGGCUUUCUUGAUCAUGAACAAGGUACAGUGUCAGGCUGGGGGGCAACAGGAACACAUUCUCGCUCUCCCACAUUACAAUUCACUCAUAUUGGAGUCUACCCCCAUACAGAUUGCAAUAAUACACCUUACACUCCCAAAACUAACAGACGCACCGUAUUCACUGAUAACAUGUUCUGUGCUGGAGAAGAGGGAAAGGACAGCUGCAGGGGAGACAGUGGAGGUCCGUUUGUUUCUCCUACGUUGGCCGCAGGCAGAGAUCGUUACUAUUUGACCGGCAUCGUGUCCUGGGGAGCUCUCUGUCGCCUUAAGCAGCACAAGGGUUAUUACACAAAAGUGGAGAACUAUGUUACAUGGAUUAAGCAGACGAUAGACACGAUAGAAAAGUCUUCUUAGACAGAGGAAAGAUGAGGGGUGAUAUACUUUACUAACCAUAAUAACGUAAUCAAUUUCAGGACUGAUUCUAAUCUCUACAGUAAAAAUGACUAUGAAAAUAAAGAGCAAUCUUGUAAUCAAAUGUAUCAACAUUAAUAACAUUAAUCUGUGUUCACAUUGUGACUUACUUCACUUCUGUAUUAAAGGAAUUUGCAAAUUAA